AUGACCUGUGCCAGUGUUUCCGGGUUCCUGCGGACUUGGGCACAAGUUUUGCCCACACCGAACCGUCCUUCGAUCUCUGGCCGAAAGGUCGUGCAAAGAAUGGCCCGCGCCUGUUUGGCAGUUGUGAUCGCCUCCGGCGGCCUUGCUUUUGGGCUGGGUGAGACCUGCGUGGAGGAGAACAGCCUGAUGCAGCAGAAGCUGAAGGCACCGGAAGAUGCCAAAGCUCCCUUCUCCUUCUUGCAAACCGCAUCCGAGAGUUCUCACAGCCCGGAGAGCCUUGGGGAGCUUACAGAAGGACUCAAGAAGAUGGCGAAGAAAGGCUCAAAGCUGGAUGAGUCCCCCUCGGGUGCUUUGGACGGGAUCCGAAAGCAGAUGGACAAGAUCAAGAAAGACACCCUGGAUGACCACCACACGGCCAUCAAGCAGCUCAACGCCCUCUACGACGCCAUAACCAGUUGCAUGGCCCCUUCCUCUUCGAAACCAAAGGCUGCCAAGGAUAAGCUCGCAGGCCAGCACGACACUUGCAGAGGCGAGGAGGUCGCGCCCGUGGAAUGCGAGAAGUUGCGCGGGUGGAGUAUGAAGCUCUCACAGCGCCCCCGCAGCCCUGCUUCGCGCAGUUCAACGACGGGAGUCUGGGGACCUUGCAACAUGGGGGUUUCUGAAAAUAGGGGACCCAAAGAUAGCACCCUAAACAAUAGGAUCCUUAAUAUAAAGACCCCAAAAUAA